AUGAAGGUUCUGAGGGGACGUUUCCCGAUAACCGGCAACAUCACGGUGGACGGGAAUGUGGCGCUCAAUGGUACGGAACAGCACGAGCUGAGGAAGAAACUACCGCAGUUUGUGUCGUACGUGGGGCAACACGACGUUCACUAUCCGACGCUCACGGUCAAGGAGACGCUA